CCUUUCGGGCCGCCUGGCGGGGCGAUGUCUGGCCCGGGCGCGGAGGCGGCGGCGGGGCUGGCGAAGGCGGGGGCCGGAGCGCCUCGCCCCCGGAGGAAGCUCCUCACGGCGGAAGAGGCAGAACUGUUCGAGCUGGCGCAGGCGGCGGGGAGCGGCCUCGACCCGGAAGUGUUCAAGAUUCUGCUGGAUCUUUUGCGCAUGAAUGUGGCACCUUUGGCUGUUUUCCAGAUGCUGCGCUCCAUGUGUGCUGGGCAGAGGCUUGUCAGUGCUGAGGCUGCUCCUGAGCCAGCGCGAGAGCCCCCAUUUGUCUCUGCCAAGACCAGUAAAAUCCCUGCACCACUUUCACUUUCCUCUGCCCUUCGACCUCCGAGAAUAAGAGUUACUAAGGCUGUGGUCUACAGUCCUGCUGCAGCUUGCUCGCCUCUCUCUCAAGGUCCCCCUGGCUCUUUCCAGUUUUCUUGCUGCCUGUUCUCUCCUUUUGCAGGGAGAACAAGAACCAGCUCUGCAGCAACUGGGAACCAAGCUCUGCUAGAUCCCAGCAACCGUGAAGGCUCUGUUCAGCGAGUCCCUCGGCAGCCAAGUGGCAGCAGGCUGCAGAAGGCUGGAUGUCCCGUGAAGAGUACAUAAAUGUUUGGAAGAUUGGUAGUUCCAGUAUUAUGGCGAAAUUGCAAUGUAGUGAAUGCACCUAGUCAAGAUGGAUUUGUAAUUUUCCAAAAUGUCACAUAUAGCUCCUGUCAAGAAAACAAGCAUGAGAUGAUGGUUGGUUUCAUCACGGUUGGGCUGGUUUUCAAAUUCCAAAUGUGGUCAUAGCUGAUGAUAUAGGAUAUUCUGUUGUAACUCCCUGUUACUGGUGUGUGUCCUUCCUUCAUAAAGACAUUGUUGGUGCA